AUGGUGAUUCCCAGCAGUAGUGAACAUUCUUAUAGUUCUUCUGAGGAGGAUUCCAAGAUCCCUAGGCCAGAGAUGAAGAUUUCUGCAGCAGAAGCACGUGCCAAAAUCAAUCGAUCACUGAAGGAUGCAAAGGAAAUAAUAAAUAGCGUGCCUCUCGAUCAUCUGAAAGUUGUUCGUGAUGGACUUCUGAAGAGAGAAGUCGAGGAUGAGAAGUUAGCCACUUAUCAGCAAAAGAGGCGUCGACUUCAGCAAAAGAGGCUAGAAGCUGAGGAUGAAACUCGAUCUCGUGCCGAUAGUGUAGCCUCGAAUUCAGAUGUCGAGGAAAUUGAAUCUGCUUGGGAGCCCAUUGGACGUAAAGUUAAGCCACACCCGCCUAGUAUAAGGGUUGAGCGUUUGGCUAGAGCUGAUUUCAAAGCUGAAUGUGAAGAAGAUGACUACUUGGAUGCGAUGUACAACGACCCUGAAGAUGAUGAAGAAGUUCUUGAUUCCGAAAAUAGCUCUAAAAAGGAGUCCGAUGAGGACUCUACAGAAGAUGACAAUUGCAGAGACGACGAUGAGUCUGAGACAUCUGAAUCCGAUGAUUAA